AUGUCUCCCCACAACGACGCACCUUCUCCCAGCGGCAGCUACACGGCGGGCUUCAACAGAAUGCAAUACCCUUCCACGGUCACAUCCAGCCUCAUGACAGGGCACCUCAACGCCAUGGAACCUCACUCCCCUCUCAGCAGCUCGUACAGCACCACCUCAGAAAGCUCAGACUUCCACAUGGACCGACCUCUCGUGCCCGGCGUCUACGUGCCGACCAUGUGCUUCUUCGACGAAGACACCGAAGAUGUUGACACCGACGCCAUCGCGAGCCACGCGGUCCGCCUUGCCCGCGCUGGCGUCACCGGCCUAGCCACCCAGGGCUCCAACGGCGAAGCCGUCCAUCUCACCCACUCUGAGCGCCAGCUCGUGACCGCCACCACUCGCAAGGCCCUCAACGAGUCCGGCUACGCACACAUGCCCAUCAUCGUUGGCUGCGGUUCGCAGAGCACACGCGAGACCAUCCAGCUCUGCCGCGAAGCCUGGGAAGCAGGCGGCGACUACGCCCUCGUGCUCCCACCCUCCUACUACGCCCCGCUCUUCGCGCCCGCCUCGGAGACCAUCACCUCUUUUUUCACCGCCGUGGCCGAUGCCUCUCCCAUCCCGAUUGUCAUUUACAACUUCCCGGGCGCCGUCGGCGGCCUCGACCUCUCCUCCGACACCAUCCUCCGCCUCGCGGAACACCCCAACAUCGUCGGCGUCAAGCUCACCUGCGGCAACACGGGCAAGCUGAACCGCGUGGCCGCCGCCACGCGCAAGCUCGCGGGACCGGCCUUCAACCCGGCCAAGCCAGACUUCCUCGUGCUGGCGGGCUCGGCCGACUUCACGGUGCAGUCUCUCGUCGCUGGCGGGCACGGCAUCCUCGCCGGGCUGGCCAACAUCGCGCCCAAGGCGUGCAUCCGCACCAUGGAGCUGUACGGCCAGGGCAAGCUGGCCGAGGCCCAGGCCAUGCAGGAAGUCGUCGCGCAGGGCGACUGGACGGCGAUCCAGGGCGGCGUCGUGGGCGUCAAGUCUGGCCUGCAGGGGUGGAUGGGCUACGGCGGCCACGCGCGCAGCCCGCUGCCGCGGCCGAGCGCAGAGCAGGCCCGCCAAUGGAAGGAGGGGUUCAGGGACCUGGUCCUCCUGGAGAAGAGCCUCUGA